AUGAAAUCUUUCUUUUUAACUCUAGCCAUGGGCUUUGCGCUCAGUGGUAUGGGUUCUGCACUUCCGUUGGAAGGGACCGAUUCUCAAGAUUCUGGCUUUUUAGCCUUUCUUUCCAAACGAGCCAUAGCAAGUCCAGACAACACCUGUGGUAAUGUGUUCGAGGGGGCAAACAAUAGCUUUUCUUGUGAUGCUACUGCAAACACAGGAGGAUGUUGUUCGGCAUAUGGCUAUUGUGGCAACACAACCGACUACUGUGGAACCGGAUGCCAAACGGCUUUUGGUACUUGUUCCGGAGCAACAGUACAACCAUCGGACGAUUCAUUCUUAUGCGGAGCGAGCAAUGGGGGCCUUUCUUGUACCGGGGGACUUUGCUGUUCCACAUCGGGAUAUUGUGGAAACACGACCGAUUAUUGCGACGUGGGAUGUCAACCUACAUAUGGAGUUUGCACUGUUGGUGCCAGCGAGCCGGCUACAGAAGAGACCUGUGGUCCAAACUUUGGCGGUGCGAGUUGUGGGGGAGAUCAAUGCUGUAGUGUUUCUGGAUACUGCGGAAAUACCCAAGACUAUUGUGCCGAUCCAGGAAGUUGUUCACUUGGAUACGGAAGAUGCGACUCAGAUGCCACGCCUGCCGGAUUAUCAACUCUCGAUGCUGCGAGACCACUGAUUGGACCUAUCACCUAUACGGAUGAUAUAUAUGACUGCGUGCAAACUAAAGUGGUAGCCCUUACCUACGAUGAUGGUCCAUCCAGCUACACAUCCGAUCUCCUCGAUGUCUUGAAGUCAUAUGGCUACCAAGCGACAUUCUUUAUCACUGGCAACAAUAAUGGAAAAGGAGAAAUCGAUAUUACUGCACCAUAUCCGUCUUUGAUUCAACGUAUGAUUGCAGAGGGACACCAAGUUGCAUCCCAUACCUGGAGUCAUUAUUCUCUUUCAAACGUUUCCCAUGACCUUCGAAUGCAGCAGAUGGUCAAGAAUGAAAUGGCCUUCAAUAACAUCAUUGGAAAGUGGCCAACCUAUAUGAGACCUCCUUACUCCGAUUGCACUGAAGCGUCAGGGUGCUGGGCAGAUAUGCAAACUCUGGGAUAUCACAGAGUCUACUUCGAUUUGGACACUCAAGAUUAUUUAAAUCCCUUGCCAUCGCAAAUUCAGAACUCCAAGAAUAUUGUGCAGAAAGCACUUGCUCUAACAAAUGUUGAUGAUUACUUGUCAAUUCAGCACGAUAUCGUACAACAAUCCGUCGGCAAUCUUUCCAGCUACUAUUUCGAUCAAAUUAAGGCCAAAGGGUGGAAAGGUGUGACAGUCGGGGAAUGUCUGGGCGACACUGACAGAACUAAUUGGUAUCGUUCUCUCAAUACUACCCCCGCUUCAACAACGCCAUCUUCCACCGCAGUUUCAUCUCAAAGUACUUCUGGAUCUGCAAGCGUAAAGGCCAGCAGUAGCUCGGCAUCUUCGGGAACAACAUCGCUCAGUUCCGUGAAACCAUCCACAAGCUCUGUCAUAACUCCCACGAGCUCUGCAAAGGCUUCAUCCACAUUUGAGCAAUCGACUUCAGUGGCUGUUGCGACACCCACCAAUCCUUCGACCCCAGCAGCAACAUGCGCCGUGUCAGCUGGAAAUUGGUGUGGCAAAAUUCCACCUUUCACCGAUAUGCUGACAUGCCAAAAGUCAGCUGCAGCCUGCUAUUCAGACACUUUAAAAUGCGCUACGACGGCUGGAUGGAAGAACCUUAAGACUUGCGGUACCUUUGCCACAAUUUGCGAGAAGCUGACGCUAUAUUGUCUGAAAUGUGCAAAGUCUGGUUGCUCGAACACUGCUCUAGGGUAUUAG